UGGUGCUACCCCUCACACAUCCAGCCACAUCUUGAAACAGAAUGCUCAAGGGUGCUUUGUCCAAACAGGCAAGGCUUGCGGCAGCAUCCUGCAGACCAUAUAGCUCCAGCCUAAAGGGAUGUCGCCCCGUCUCAAAAUCAAAUAUUCACCGGGCGUCGAGUUCCUUGGCUACUACGCCCUCCUUGUCGGAUACCAAUUCGAGUCCUGCGGACACUGAAGCUAAACUUGAAGUGGGCCAAUCAUCGGGUACAUCACAGUCCAGCGAAGCCAUAGCGUCUUCCGGACGUGCAGCUCGACAACGGGGAUCUGUAGACAAUAGCUCUGUCAUUCAGAAAGAUGUCAAGAAGGCCGACAAGCGUUCAAACACUCUCAUUGUCGAAGGUCAGACAGAUCUUCCUCCCGAGGAGAUUGCUGAACAGCUGCAAAGGCAGUUCAGCGCCUUCGGAGAGGUCUUGUCGCUCGACGUAGAGUUUGAGACACAACAGCCCACCACAGCGGCCGUCAAUUAUUUCAAGAAAAAUCCACUAAUAGUCGGCUUGUCGGAAAUGGCCUUGCAAUACAGCCCAUGGAUCAAGCGCUUGAAGCCAAGCCGUGGACUAUACUUUAAACCUAUGCCCGCUACUCGUGCGGAGUUGCACAAAGCCCUGAACAAAUACUGGCCUUACAUCAACAACGUAAUCGCAGGUACGCGCGAGGAAUUCAUUACAGCUGGGACUAUGCUGACCAAAUGA